AUGUCUGAUUUUCAAUUAGAAAUUUUACAAAAAUUGAAUGAUUUAGGAGAAAUUCAAUCUUCUUUGAACACAUUCUCAUCAAAGACUUCUCAAGAAGUCUUAUCUGCAUUAAAUUCUUUACAAGCUCAUAAUAAAGUUGAAUUUAAAAAUAUUGAUACUUUACAUUACGAUUUAUCAAAAGAAGGUUUAGAAAUUAUUAAAAACGGAUCUCAUGAAAUUUUAUUAGUUAAAUUAAUUUCAGAUUUAGGUAAAUUACAAAUUAAAGAUGUUGGUUCAAAAUUAGGUUCCAAUGGUAAAGUUGGUCAAGCUCGUGCUUUCAAGAAUGGUUGGAUUAAAAAAAAUGAUUCAAAUGAAUUAGAAUUAUCUGACAAAGUUAAAUCAAUGGAUUUAAAUCAACUAGAUGAUGUUACCAAAGAUUUAUUACAAAAAAUUUCUGAAAAUCAACAAGAUAUUUCUUCAAUUGAUUCAAAGACUUUAGCUGAUUUGAAGAAAAGAAAAUUAAUUUCACAAAGAAAAAUUACAGAUUUUAAAAUUUCAAAAGGUUCUGAUUUUUCUUUAACUAUUACUAAAGCAGAAACUGAUAUCACUUCAGAUAUGGUCUUAAAUGGUACUUACAAAGAUAUGACUUUCAAAGAUUAUAAUUUCAAUUCUCAAGGUGUUCCAACUCAAUCUGGUGCUUUACAUCCAUUAAAUAAAGUUAGAGAAGAAUUUAGACAAAUUUUCUUUUCAAUGGGUUUCACUGAAAUGCCUUCAAAUCAAUAUGUUGAAACAGGGUUUUGGAAUUUCGAUGCUCUUUAUGUUCCACAACAACAUCCUGCUCGUGAUUUACAAGAUACUUUCUAUUUAAAGGAUCCUUUAGUUGCAGAUCUACCAGAAGAUAAAAUUUAUAUGGAUAAUAUUAAAGCUGUACAUGAAAAUGGUAAAUACGAUUCCAUCGGUUAUCGUUACAAUUGGCAUGCAAAGGAAUCUCAAAAAUUAGUAUUAAGAACUCAUACUACAGCUAUUUCCGUAGCAAUGCUACAUGAAUUAGCUAAAGAUCCAAAACCAACUAGAUUAUUCUCAAUUGAUCGUGUUUUCCGUAACGAAGCUGUCGAUGCUACUCAUUUAGCUGAAUUCCAUCAAGUUGAAGGUGUUCUUGCAGAUUAUAACAUUACUCUAGGUGAUUUAAUUCAAUUCAUGGAAGAAUUUUUCGCUAAGAUGGGUGUCACUGGGUUAAGAUUUAAACCAACCUAUAACCCUUACACUGAACCUUCCAUGGAAAUUUAUUCAUGGCAUGAAGGUUUAGCCAAAUGGGUUGAAAUUGGUAAUUCUGGUAUGUUUAGACCAGAAAUGUUAGAAUCCAUGGGCUUACCAAGAGAUUUAAGAGUAUUGGGUUGGGGUCUAUCCUUAGAGAGACCAACUAUGAUUAAAUACAAGGUUCAAAACAUUAGAGAAUUGUUAGGUCAUAAGGUUUCUUUAGAUUUCAUUGAAAAUAACCCAGCUGCUAGAUUGGAUGAAGAUUUAUACGAUUAA